CAGUCGUGUGCUGUGCCGCUCCGCAAAUUCCCCCAAAAAUAUACAUAUUUUUUUGUAUAUAUAUAUAUUGUAUACUGUCUUUGGACGAGGGAAUUCGUAGCUCAGUUCUGCACGGAGGCCGAAGAUAUAUCUCCAGUUUCUUUGGAAUUUAACCGGAAAUUCUUAAAUUUUUGGUCAUGUUGCCGUUUUUGGGCUUCGUCUUGGUGUCGCUGGUUGGUGCGGACCCACAGGGCCACUACAACGUUUUCCUGCAGCACGAGACGCCUUCCAGUUUCGGACAAGGCUUCGAUUUCAACACGAUACAGCAGAGUCCCGCAUUCGGAACACCCAGCGGAUACUUUGGUGCGACGCAAGCACCGCCAGCUGCUACCACCGUCGAUCCUAUCACUUUGGGAUGCGGCACACCUCCAGCGUCUUGCCCUAAAACCAGGUACCGUUCAUACGACGGUUCUUGCAAUAAUCUGAAGAACCCGGUGCUCGGUACACCGCAAACUCCGUACGUUCGAUUGCUUCCCGCAGUCUACGGAGACGGCCUCAGCACUCCGACUGAAUCCAAGACUGGAAAACCUCUUCCACCUUCUCGCGUCGUCAGUUUGCUGUUGUACCCUGACGUUCCUUUGGAAGAUCCAAAAUGGACUUUGAACGCUAUGCAGUACGGACAGAUCAUCACGCACGACAUGAGCAUGAUUGCUGGUUCAACUCAAGCUCAACCUCACCAGACUCGUUGUUGCACCGAUGAUGGACAACUCUUGGAGUUGGCCAACAUUCCUGAACAUUGUUACCCGAUCCUCGUACCACAGGAUGACCCAGCUCACGCCCAAACCAACACCAAAUGCAUGAACUUCGUGAGAACCAUCACCACCAGAGACAGGAGAUGCGUCAGCGACUACGAACCUGCCGAACAAUUAACCGUAGUCAACCAUUUCUUGGACUUAUCCAUUGUCUACGGAAACAACAACGACGUGAACAGACAAGUAAGGGAAUUCCGCGGUGGAAGAUUGAGGGUUGAUGUGAGGAGAGGAAAGGAAUGGUUGCCACGUGCCGCCAACGCUACCGCUUCGUGCAGUAUUCAAAGCCCGCAAGAGGCCUGCUACUUCGCAGGAGACACCCGCGUCAACCAGAACCCUCAACUCACCCUCCUCCAAACCAUUUUGAUGAGGGAGCACAACAGGAUCGCCGACGUCCUCUCAAAGUUGAACCCUCAUUGGGACGACGAGAUCAUCUUCCAAGAAGCAAGGAAAAUCGCGAUUGCCGAACAUCAACACAUCUCCUAUUACGAAUGGCUUCCAAUCUUCAUCGGAGCCGACAACUCGCUGAAGAACAAGAUUCUCUUCAACACCAAAAAUUAUGUUGAUGAUUACUCCGAGCACGUGGAUCCGACCAUCAUCAACGAACACGCCACUGCCGCUUUCAGAUACUUCCAUUCGGCCAUCGCCGGACAUUUAGACUUGGUCACUGAGCACCGUUCCAGCUACGGUAACGUCCGUUUGAGCGAUUGGCUCUUGAGGCCUGCCAUCCUUGAAGAGGAAGAUAACUUCGAUGAUUUGACCAGAGGUUUAGCCACUCAACCAGAAUUAAACGUAGAUCAAUAUCAUGAUAACGAGAUCACCCAAUAUUUGUUCCGUGGAGACCGUCCGUUCGGAGCCGACUUGAAGGCCAUCGACAUCCAAAGAAACAGGGAUCACGGUUUGGCUUCUUACAAUGAUAUGAGGCACUUCUGCGGAUUGCCCAAAGCUCACACCUUCGACGACUUCACCGACGUCAUCUCCAAGGAGAACGUGCAGAAAUUGGCCGCCCUCUACCCAGAUCCCGACGACGUCGAUCUGACCGUUGGUGGAUCUUUGGAAGCCCACGUUCCUGGAACUUUAGCCGGUCCAACUUUCCUCUGCAUCUUGACCGAGCAGUUCUUCAGGACCAGAGCCGGUGAUCGUUUCUGGUACGAGCACAGCGAACACAACAACGGAUUCACCUUAUCCCAAUUGAACGCCAUCCGUAAAGUGAGCAUUUCCCGUCUGCUCUGCGACAACGGCCAUCACAUCGAAGCCAUGCAACCGAGAGGAUUCGAAAGAAUCUCCCACAGCAACGGCGUCGUACCAUGCGAAUCCCUACCAUCCGUCGACUUAUCCCUGUGGAAGGAUCUGGGCGGAGGUCAUCAAUUGGGUCACGGCUUCGAAUCCUACAACUUCAAGAAGUAAUCGACGAACGGAAAAUAAUGUGCAUCGAUAAGGAACUAAAACCUCAUCCACUUCACUCCUCCUCGAUCCUUAUCGAAAUCACAUUCCCGAUCCUCUCUUUCACUCACUCAUACUUACUCAUACACCUCUACAUUAUUGUCUUUGUUUUAUUUGUGUGUGUUUUUUUUGUUUGUUUUCCUUUCAAUCUACCCGAUUUAAUUUUAGUUCGAUAUAAAUAACGUAAUCUUAGGCAUUAUCUAUCUAUAAACACUACCGUUAAGUAUUUGUUAUUUAUGUGUACGGUUUUAAAUGUAGCGAGCAGUAAUGUUAAGAUUGAAUUAUAUAAUUUGCGUGUUUUAGAUAAGAAUCAUCCAAAUUAUUACCCAAUAAAAAUUGCUUUUAUUUUUGUAAAUUAAA